CAACAAUUCUAAUCUUUCAUCUGAAAUAUUGAUCCAUCUGUCCCGUGCGCUACAUGGCGCGUGCUGUUAUCGUCUGCUUCAGACGCCAUUUUAGACCAAGCGUCUUAUUUGGGACCCGAUUUUCAAAAUAUUUGGAUGAAUAUUGUUGACGUAUCUGUUUGGAGUAGAUUUCGUCCAAAUCCCAUUUGUUCAGCGGUGUGAGUCACGCGGCGACCGUUGUUUGGAGUUUGAAGCAGACGAGCGCUGUGGAAAUAUUAUCGUUAUGAAGUAACUCUAACAGCCCAUAGGAGUCGACUCGGUUCGGUCUCAAGAGGGAUUUGGGUGUUCAGUUUUCAUGGAUGUUGUCCUGUUACUGGAGCUGUCAUUCACCGUGAAUCAAGCUUACACAUCGAGGAUCCAUCCCACUGCUAAACAAAUCCCAUACACAGCUGGCAGUGGUUGGGAGCGCAGACGAUAGUCUGACUUUUGUGGAUGAAGGACAUGAAAGUGACUUCUGUUCCAGUACACCAACAAGGAGAAUAUAGUUGAACAAAACUCACAACAAAACCAGGAAGUGUAACAAAACACACCAGGAACUCAUACAAUCUGGAUAAAGUCAAACAGCUGGAAGGAGAAGAGGAUACUGGCUCCGUACAGAGCAUUUCAGGAAUCUGUGGUGUGAAGAGUUCAUUUGGAAAUACAUUCCAGAAACUACAAUCCUAAUCUGUGAAUGGGAGGAAUCAGGAAUCAUUAGGAAAAAUUAGAAGACUGAUAUCAUCUGUACAUAGAGAAUUAUUGUGGCUCCAUCUUUGGAACUCAAAAAAGAAUCUGGAAUAUUUGGAAGAUAAUUGCUGUGUGAUACGAAGUUUGGAAAAAGGAAUUAGAUUUCGGUAAGAAUUGGCACCAUAAAUGGUAAACCAAUAUUGUGUAUAACAGCACCAGUAUAUAGAUUCUGUACAAGAUUACAGUAUAUCUCAUCAUCUGUUCCAAGACCUGUUAUCAGGAAUCUAGAAAAUAGCUCAACCUUUACAGAUCUCUCUGAUUUGGAAUCAACAGAAAUAAUCAGAAACAAAAUAGUCCAAUAACUGAGUGCCUUGUGUGACCUACAGUGACCCUACAAAAGUUCAAGGUCACAUUUUCUAGCUUGCACCUGUGGUGAAAAGGUGAAGGUCAAGAUUCUGAGACAGAUAUAUGGAAGGAAUAUAAGUACUUGAUGCCUUGUAGAAACUGCGUUUGGUCCAAUUUCACAGACUUUCAAUCAUUCCCUUGAUCAGGAUUACCUUGAAAACAAAGGACACGUGAACCACUGAAGCUGAUGCAAUAAUAUUCAAUCGCACAACACUGGAAUCAUUCCUCAUUUAAAAAGUGCUACCUCAUUUCUAAGGCCUUUUUUCUUGUUCUUAUUCCAAUCUUGUGAUAUUAAGAUCUGUAUAUUGUGCAAAGUGUGCCUUUACUGCAUCAGAAUAUAUUUUUCAAAUUCACAAAACCAUUCCUCUCGAUAUUGACUUCCUUGGAACCGUUUUGGUCGGCAUCAGGAAUACUUUGUGAAUUACCCAGUCAAAAUGUGUUACGUCAUCAUUACUUGUUGGUCGUUGCUAUGGACACUGUUGUCCAUAACGACCUUCAUGCUGGUGGUGACUUCAGUCAUGUCUCCCAACUGGCUCAUAGGGGCACCACAAAAAAUGGGCCUGGAUUCCAUCUAUGACAAUAUCACUGGCGUUAAUCCAGAGGAAAUCUUCACACCUACGGUUGGGAUGUUCAACCGAUGCACCCGAUUACAUCGUUACGAGCUGAUCGAGACCAGAGACACGUGCGCGACAUUUGUAACAGGAUAUGGAAUGCCCGACAGUGAAUUCCCGAACACGUGGAAGGCGGCUCUUUUCUUCUGUAUUGGAGCUAUUAUGUUGCUGUUCGCUACGGUUACAUCGGUCAUCAGCAUCUGCAACAGGUCCCUCUGUGGGAAGAGCAUCUUCACCGUGACAGGGCUUAUUCAAAGCAUUGCAGGGUUGCUGUGCAUCCUGGGACUGAUCCUGUACCCUGCAGGCUGGGGCAGCGACAUGGUCACCAAGUACUGCGGGGCUCAGGCAGACCCCUUCUACAUGGACAGGUGCAGUCUGGGUUGGGCGUUCUACUUGUGCGUCACUGGGACUGUUCUGUCUUUCUUGUGUGCAUUCCUGUCAGUAAAGGCGGAUGAGUCCACUUCAUCCUACAAGGUAGAAGAGGAAGUGCUGGAAGGCAAAAGCCUGAUAUGUGUUGUGUAAAACACCCCUUUUACAUAAAUAUACUCUUCCAUUGUUGGAAACAAGAAUCUCUCUUUGUACAAUCAAGGUGAUGAAAAGCUUAAAAACAUUUAAUUGUUUCAGGUUUGAAACUGUAUCACCUUAAAGCUGAAAUGGAUUAUUCCAUUAGUGGAUGUUUGCCAUAUUGUGUGUUAAAGAUGUAACAUACAAAAUCAGUGCUACUUAGAUUCUUUGCGAAGUUUGGUGCCUGGAAAUGGUUUGUGUAAGCUUGUGAUAUGAUAGACAUCUUAUUUUGUCUGUAUAAAGAGCUACUGAUAAUAUGCAAAUAGUCUGUGUCAGUAAUUGUCAAUGAAUAUGCAAAUUUAAAGGUCAUAUGGAUGAGAAAUAGCAAUAAUGAAUCUUCUGAUUGGUAAAAUGAAGAACCUGUUUUUGAAAGUUACAUUUCUGUUUAAUUUUAUGUGUUUAGGCAUUUUUAAUGACAUUAAAUACUUGAGGGUUAAUAUCUGUGUUAAAUUGUACAUAAAUGUAAUUCUGGGUGAUUUUGCUUGUAAGAUAAAAUACUCAUAUUUUCAAGAUAUAAUUUGACACAAGAAACGUCAGUGACAUGUUAAGCUACAUCUUCCUGAGGCAAAAGUGUCUACUGGCCUAGAUGGAAAUUUGACUUAACUGGACUUCAAAAAUGGUUGCCUCAGCAAGAUGGUACAAACAUAAUUUAACUUAAUUAUACAAUAGAUGACAAAAUCACAGUGUAUCUGUUUGUAGUAUUUGUAUAUAUAGAUAAAUAUACUUUUGUAAUUUCAUUCCCCUAUUUUGUAGCAUGUUAAACAUUUGUAUAUUAUGAUGUAAAAUGAUGCACCAAUGAAGUCAGCCCUCAUGAUCCAAGGGAGACAACUCAUCAGUAGGAGCUUCAUUCAAAUCCACAAGUGGAAUACAUACAGACAGUGGCCUGUUCAACAGCCUUUCGGGCAUUCUUGGUCACAGGUGUUAAUAACGGUGGCUUCAUGGGGACUAGAAUCGUGGUUGGGUGGUCAACUAGUAGACUAAUUUUAGUCUUAAAAAUAAAUUAUUUUUGGUUAAAUUGUCUCAUAGUCCAUUUUGUGAUUAUUGUAAAAAUGAUAUGUGAUAAUGUAUGCUUCAUGUAACUCUUUAAAUUAAAACAAAUUAAAAUUAUGUAAUAAUAUGUUUUAUUGGUUAUAGAUAUAACUGUGCAGACUAUUAGGUAAUGCAGGAAGCCAAAACAUAUUUCCUCUCUUGGUACAUGAAUGAAUGAUAUUUUCAAGAAAUAGCACAUUUAUUGUAUCAAACUUCAUGCCUUCAUUCAGUCUCUCAGUUUCAUAGAUAAAAUAUUUUUGUAUUUUAGAAAUUUUCCUAUUUCAUAUCUCUCACUGAAUAUGAAAACAUCUCAACCUUACAAAAUUACAUUUUACAUUAGUAUAAAUUUGAUUAUUGUUUUUGUAUUGUAAUACACUGUAGUUCAUGGAGUUCAUUCAAGUGCCUACACUCCAUUAUAUUUUGAAAUAAUUACACAUCUUACUCAGUGGUAUAUAUUUUUAUGUUUAAUUAAGUAUUUGUUGAAUAGUUUAUUAAACAUGAGAAUAUUUCAAAUUAAACACUUCUUGGGAGUCUAUAUUUGUUUCCUGUGUUUCCCAUCUCCUCACUCCUUCCCCCCUCCUCCCCCCCAAACACAUACACACACUCUGAAUUUUCAUUCCUGCUGCUGUGGAAAUGAGUGAGUGAGUGAGUUUAGUUUUACGCUGCACUCAGCAAUACUCUAGCUAUAUGCGGCGGUCUGUAAAUAAUCGGGUCUGGACCAGACAA